AUGCCCGAAAGCGACCGUUGGGAUGCAUGCUUGGCAAGACCUAUAAGCAGCUUUCACGACCACUGCAACCAACUGGGGCCUUCUAGCAGAGGACUGGGCUUGAGUUCAAGUCCUUAA